AUGGGAAAUACAGUUGACAAACGGCAAUCAUCGGAAGAGGUAUCUGAAGAGAGUACAACAGACAGCCUAAAGAAUGGAUUCCCUCAUGGCUAUCCUGCAGAUGUUCCCCCCUUAAAUGGCACUGAUAGUGAAGUUAAUGUCAUCCAGGAUGAGUGUCUGCCUGUUGUCCACAAUGGUACGGAGUGCGUCAUUGACGACGAUAAUGACUCGUGUGGGGACAUAUUCUAUGAUGCUGAGGAAGCCGAUGAGAUGCGGCUUGCCAGCUACAUACCACUCCAUCUUGAUGAGGAUGGUGAUGAUGAGGACGACGAAGAUGGAGACGACGAAGAUGAAGAGGAGACGAGCAGCAGUUCGCAUGAGCUUCUAGCUGAGACUUUGCGGGCAAUCCGUGAGAAAAAAUUGCUAAAAACAAAACAGAUUGAAAUCCGCAAUUUGGAACUCCUUAACACAUCCUGGGUGGAUGCUGCCACCCAGACUGAUAAGGCCUCGGAGACAAAUGGUCAAUUGUUUGAUUCUGAAGCUGGAGUUCAGGCUGAGGUGCUCAGUAAUUUGAUUGUUCAAGUGGAAGAAUUAUUGUCUCAUGUAUCUGGUGGAGGGCAGGAUUACCCAUCAACUCUUUCUUCUUCUCUGCGGCUACAACUACAGAAUGUGGCCUCACCAGCCUUACAUCCAAAUGUGCCAACAGCAAGCAGCUUGAAGAAGAAGGAAUUGGAGGAGUUUGAGCAACAACCGAGAUCAUGUGACACAGAAGGCAGCAUGGAAUCCUAUGACAUCACUUGGGAUAUUAACACUUCCGAGUGGGACCCUCUAAGAAAAAAACAUUCAUUGUUUUCUCCUAUGACAGCGGAAUCUUCAGAAUAUUCGUUCCUCAAUGAUGAAACUAGUCAACAAAUAAGCAAGAGGAAGGCUUUAGAUUAUAAAAGAUGGUAUUGCAUGUCAAGACCUCAAUAUCCGUCUUCAUCUGGCAUUUCUUCAUUAGUUUCUUGCUGGAACUACUUAUACAGUACCUUGGGUCAUGGAAGCAUUGAUCCAUUGAACCAAGAAAUCGCUCUUACCAUUCUUGGCUACCAACCUCCAUUUUCAACCAUGGACUUUGAGGCAAUCACAAGUAAUUAUAAUUUAAUCAAAUGGUUUGAGAAGCUUAAUGACCACUUUGAAGUGGCUGGACGGGGUGGUUUAAUGUACAAACCCAAUGGAAGGAACCAAACUGAGAUAGAUGCUGACCAUGCCCUUCAGUUGCUUAAAAAAGGCAUCAAGAAUGAAUACUACACAUUUAUUUAUCACUGUGAACGACAUUACUUUUGUCCGCUUGGAUAUGAAGAUGUGCCUGUGAAGCCAACAGAUGCCUAUAGUGGAGAACUCGGUUCAUCUGACUAUGAAACCUGGGUCAUACUUGGAGACACAAGCAGUAAACACCCUGGAUUGCAGUGCAAAAGAUGGGAUGAUGUUCUCAUGGAUCUGAAUUGCAGUGAUCCCGAAUUCCUUGAUAUCCGCCGACUCGAAAGAGGCAUCCGUCAGCGGAAAGGUCGUCGGAAAUCCUAUGACAUCAAUGACCAUUGUAUCUUGACGUUCCAGAAGUGCCAGAGUGAGGAAGAUGAAGUGGAAGAAAAUUCGCCACUACAGGAAAUAAUUGAAAUAAGCGAUGACGAGGGAGGACAGUGCCUGAUCACAAACGUUCGCCCCCCCUUGGCGAUGAGGGAGGUCGACCGUUUGGACAAAGAAGAGGAGGAAUUACUCGAAGACGAUAUGGAUGAAGAUGAGAACUGUGAUAAUAUUUUGGGUGAUAAGCCCUGUUCAGUGACUGAAAACACACUGACAGACUCUGAUGAGUACGAAGAAAGCCCAUCGGAUGAUUCAUAA